UGCGUUCAGGGCCGACGCCAUUUCGUGUUCGCUGGUUUCAAGGUGAAACACCGCGGAGCCUCGAUCGGAGCCGUUUCAAGUAAAAACAGCGUUUUACUCAUUUUUAAUAAUAAGCUCCUGUUUUUGAAGCCACUUUUUUGAACAGCGGCAAAUCGUUUUUAUUUUUAAUUUUUUACGGGCCACUCUCAAUUUUUUAAAACCUUGUGAAUCCCGUCUUGGGUUCCAUCAGAAAUCCAAGCAACCCCCCCCAGAGCUAACGUCUGGAGGUGUAGUAGACGUCUCCACAGUCACUGACUCGGUCUCAUAGUCCCUCGACGACCUCCUCCUCCCCAGCAGAGUCAGGCAGGCCGACCUCCGACCCCUGACGAUGGACUGCUCGUCGUCCUCCACCUCCAGCUCGAUGGCCAGCAGCAACGUGACCAACAAGACCGACCCCCGCUCCCUCAACUCCCGCGUCUUCAUCGGCAACCUCAACACGCUGCUGGUCACCAAGGAGGACGUGGAGGCCAUCUUCUCCAAGUACGGCAAGAUCGUGGGCUGCUCCGUGCACAAGGGCUACGCCUUCGUCCAGUUCUCCAACGAGAGGAACGCCCGCACUGCCGUGGUCAGCGAGGACGGCCGCAUGAUAGUGGGACAGGUCCUAGACAUCAACCUGGCCGGCGAGCCCAAGCCGCACAGAUCGAAGACGGUGAAGCGUUCUGCCGGAGACAUGUACAGCUCCUCUUUUGAAUUGGACUACGACUUCCAGAGAGAUUACUACGACCGGAUGUACUCCUACCAGUCCCGGGUGCCUCCUCCCCCCCCGCCCCUGUCCCGCGCCGUCAUCCCCUCAAAGCGUCCCAGGGUCAGUCUGAGCGGAGGAGGAAGCCGACGAACCAAAAGCAGCUUCUCGUCCUCGUCCAAAAGCAGCCAGAGGACAUCACGUACAAGUCAGUCCAACACUGUCUCUGUCCCUCCGAGUCGCACCACCCAGGAGUCUCCUGACUGUCCUUCUGUUCCUGUCUCAGCAGUGAGGACGGAUGAUCUGCAGACCAUCAAGAGGGAGCUGACGCAGAUCAAACUCAAAGUGGACUACCUGCUGGAGAGCUUAGGGCACAUGGAGAAGGACCACAGCAAGAAGUCUGAGAUGAAGAGCAGCAAACCAGAGCCCGGCGAACUGUCCCCGCUCCACUCGUCCACCUCCAGCAAGAAGGACGACCGGAUGAAACGGGACAGACAGAUGAACGACUCCGAGGAGGAGGGAGACCUGCUGGAUGAUGAAGAUGAGAUGAAAAGCAGAGGAAGAGACGAGGAGGAGGAGGAGGAUGAGGAGGAGGAGGGCGAGCAGGAGGAAGGAGAGGACGACGGCGACAGCGCCAACGGAGACGAGCUCUAAACUCAAACACACGAGCACAGAACCGACGCGCUGUCACGUGCUCAUAUCUGCUGACUGGACAUUAGUGCAUUUGUAUUCCUCUCUGUCGCACAGACACACAAACUCACUCUCACUGUGUGUCCACUGCUUCUUUCUGGAUUUCUUCUUUUUUAUUUUUAAUAUUUCUUUGAUUUUCAUAGACCGUUUCUGACACUGGAUGAAACAUCUCAUUGAGACCAGAUGCUCGUUGGGUUGAGGAUAAAUGUAAAUGUGUUGCACGUUUGAACUCGGGGGUCACGAGCUGUUUCCGUAUAAAAGCAACAGAGAGCCUUCGGCAGUUAUUGAUUUUUAGAUUAAAGAGUUGAGUUUGACUUAGCAGUGGCCGACAUUUGAAAUUACUUGUUAAGAAAUAUCCUGAGGUGCAAAGUUUUGAAUUUAAGACAAAUAACCAGACGUUGUAGAAAAGCCCAGGCUUCAUUUUGAUUUGUUAUUAUCCUCGAUCCGGCUGCUGCACCGCUGCUUCCUCGCCAGCAGGGGACAGUGUGUCACAACAAGGACUAAACAUCUGUUGUGUCUCAUCUUCACCUUCUGCUCGUCAGAUAACAGGUUCUCUCACGUGAGACUGUGCAAAGGGACAGAAACCUCUCUGCUCGGAAACCCUUGGUCUGUGUUGUGGAGGUGCUGUGACCUCCGUCGACCUUCACUUGUGUGAUGCAGUGCUACUCCAUGUUUGUUUCUGUUUGUCACUCCGGCUGCAGGUGAGACUCAAAUUUAUGUGUUUUCCAAAGUUGGACCGUAUAUGAGAUUUGGGAAGAACCCACGUGGAUGUGUGCACCCUUAUUGUACUGUAUAACGAUAAAAUAAAAAGUUUAUAAAAAGGUU